AUGAAGGAAACAGGCGACGGCCAACCGCUGUCGCGCCGCGACCCCACUCGCACCGCGAGUUCCCGUUCCCUUCGAUUGGUGGUUAGAGUUGUGGAUCCAAAACCUGGUGAUAGCAUUAUCGAUUGUUGUGCAGCUCCGGGUGGAAAGACUCUUUUCAUGGCUUCGUGUCUGAAUGGCCAAGGUAGCAUAAGCUCAGUUGGUGUAAACAAAAGCCGAUUGAGAAUCCUCAAAGAGACUGCCAAGUUGCAUGAAUGUGAUCAAGUUAUCACUACCAUCCAUGCUGAUCUUCGGGCAAUUAGAGCAGAUUUGCGCUGGACUAGGAAACUGGAAGACAUGGAAGAACUUAUAAAUUUGCCAGACACCCUUCUUGAUUCAGCUUCUAACUUGGUAAAGCCUGGUGGAGUACUAAUAUACAGCACCUGUUCAGUCGAUCCUGAUGAGAAUUGCUGCUUUUCUUCUGAGACAUCCGACAAAUACGUGUCUCCCCCAUUUGUCACUGAAGGUGGAUUCUACAGCUCCAGCCCUGUCAAACACUCGCUCGAUGGAGCCUUUGCAGCUCGCCUGAUAAGAUCUACCUGA